AUGGUCCGUGGAAGCCCCUGUCCCGGAGCCCCUACCGGAGCCCGGCGCUUGCAGCAGCGCAGGUCGGACCCGCUCGCUUCCUGCGCCUCCGCCAGGGCGGGGCUGGGGAAACUGCGGCCUCCGGGCUGCGGGUGCCGUGUCCCUGCCCCUGUCGUCCACUGCGCGCUGACCGCGCCGCCGCAGGGCAAGAGCGCCCCCGUGCACCGCCCCCGCGCCCGCCCGACAGCUUUGCGCAGCGUCCUAAGAGUCGGCCCCGCGGUGGCUGCACGGAGACCCGGCAAACCGAGCCCCAGCCUGAGCCCCGGGAGUCGCCCGAGCAACCCAAUGGCGGGUAAGUGCCCUCGCCGCUCCACUCCGACCCCUCUGCGGCGGCCGCUCCUCAGCCACCCAGGCCUGAACUUUCCUCCGGCCAGGUUAGGGAAGGGGGGUCGGGGGGACGCCGCCCUGCCCUGCCCUGCCUCGGGACCGCUCCUAGCGGGACGCUGGGUGGAGUGGAGCGUGAGGCUCGGCUCCGCGAGGACAUUUGCGGGAAGGAAAGUGUGGGGGUCCCGCCUUAUCACCACCUCACUCCGUUCUGACCCCGGAGCCCGGGAAGUCCCACGCCCUUAUGUGAUCCGAAUGAGGCCCCUUCUAUGCCCGAGGUGGGAGGAGUGGGGCAGUGAGCGGGACAGAGCAGCCGAGAGCCCUCAGCGGGUGCCGGGAAAAACCUCCUCGCUGCCCACAAAUGUGAGGGUGCAGAUGCCGGCAGCACGUCUCCGUUUCUCGUACCCGCUACCCCUCUCCUCGUCCACACUUCCCCACUGCCUCCCCUGGGUGUCACAGUCCUGUGGUUCUCUGCCCCCAGAGCAGGUGGCCCUGGUGAUUGGGGGCAUCAUUGGGGGGCUGCUGCUGCUGCUGCUGCUCAUCAGGGUGAGCUGCUGUCUCUGGAAGAGGCUUUGUGCCUCCUUCACCUACGAGGAGCUGCCCAGCACAACGGACACAGCCACCACAGCUGCCUCCAGCGGACAAGGGGACAAGUUCUGCCAGCUGGGGGCCGGGACCCCGCCAAGCAGGCCACCAGGUGUGCCAUUUGUGGUGCCACCUUCCCUCCAAGGCCGAAACUGGAUGCCUCUGCACAAUGGAGAGUGGGUCCAGGCCCCACAAGCCCCCUGCCCAGCUCUGGAGCUCCUGCCCCACACUUCCUGCAGCAGCCUCGGGGUUGAGCAUGCAGUGGGGACCAUCAACCCAGAGCUGUACAAGUGCCCUGAGGACGAGGGUGAGACUGAGUUUCCUGAGGGCUGCCUGGGGUGGCUGUGGUUCACGGUGGAGUACCAGCAGAAGGCCGAGCGGCUGCUGGUGGGGCUGAUCAAGGCCCGGCGGCUGCAAGCCCCCUCCGACACCUGCAGCCCCCUCGUGAAGCUCCACCUGCUGCCAGAUGAGCGGUGCUUCCUGCAGUCCAAGACCAAGUGCAGAACCACCAACCCACAGUUUGAUGAGCAUUUCAUCUUCCAGGUGUCCAGCAGGAGUGUCACGCAGAGGGUGCUUAAGUUCUCUGUGUACCACGUGGACAGGCAGAGGAAGCACCACCUCCUGGGCCAGGUGCUGUUCCCCCUGAAGAACGAGACCGUGGCGGGUGACUACCAGCGCAUCAUCUGGAGGGACCUGGAGGCCGAGACCCUGGAGACCCCCUCAGAGUUGGGCGACCUCCAGUUCUGCCUCAGCUACAAUGACUACCUGAGCCGCCUCACGGUGGUCGUGCUGCGUGCCAAGGGCCUCCGGAUCCAGGAUGGCAGUGUUGUCAGUGUGUUUGUCGAGGUAUCUCUGAUGAACCACAACAAGUUCAUCAAGUGCAGGAGGACUUCGGCCGUGCUGGGCUCUGCCUGCCCUGUGUACAAUGAGACCUUCAGCUUCAAGGUUGAGCCCGCCGAGCUGGACACGGCCAGCCUCCAUCUGACCAUGCUGCAGAGCACAGGGAACGAAGAGAACCAGGAGCUGGGCCGGGUGGUGGUGGGCCCCUACAUGUAUGCCCGCCGCAGGGAGCUGGAGCACUGGAACGCCAUGGUCAGCAAGCCCAAGGAGCUCGUGCGGCAAUGGCACGCGCUUUCCCGCAGACCUGAGCUCUGA